GCUACUAUAAAUAACCGGUUUUCUUCAAUGGUGUAUCACCUUUCAUUCGUUUAUUCGAGCGCUCUUUUAUUACAUGAAACACUUCUCGUACCUAGCCCCGACUUACAUAUUCCUGUAAUGAAGACGCGUGGUCGGGUGUAUAAAGUCCUUGACAGGUGGAUGGACUCCUGCUGUUGGCGAGAGGAACUCAGGUUGUGAAAGCUUCUGGCUGAAAUAUUCGCUUCCGGAUGUAGUGUAGGGACAUCGUAAUCAAAAGACUUAUGUUGGCAGGAGUGGACUUGCUUCUUCCAGUUUUGGUUCUGUCCAGUCUCUGUGGAAUCUCAUGGGGUCGAAAUUGUUCUGAGGGUGCUUGCCCCGGGGCGAGGCCCCGCGCUUCCAGCGGGUGUUGUCCUGCCCUGAAGGACCAGGUGUGUGGUCCUGAGAAUUCACUACAGCUACAGUGUGACUCUGGGCUAGGGUACCGAUGUCUGAACGAGCAAGGACGAAAUGCCACAGACGAAGGAACCUGUCAGGGAAGCUACAACCUGAACGCGACGAAUGUCACUCAGACGUCGGUGUACCUCACGUGGAUGGACUUCAAGCCAGCGAACUACGAACACGAGUACAGUCUAAUGAAAACCGAACACCAGUACAAGGAGAACCUGUCUGAUUGGCUAACGAUCCAGUGUGACACGGAUCCACAGUUUGAGUAUGUUAAUCUGGAACCCGAUACUUGGUAUUUCUUUAAAGUUGGAGUGUGGCUCGACCCUUUCAACCACAUAUACGCAAACAUUUCCGAGGCACUCAUGGUUAAAACCAAAGCUGUUGAGUACUGCACUCAUAACGGGGUAAAGUAUGAGGUCGGUCACACGUUUGACAACAACUGUGAACAGCGAUGCACGUGCCGAGAGAACGGUCAGUUCAACUGUACAGACCUGUGUGAGGAGCAGGUGUUCCCCGACCCACAAGACAGAGUCGGCUGUGAGAUCGUCAGGGGAGAAGGCGAGAAUUGCUGCCAGCUCAAACUCGUGUGUGAACACGAGCCAUGUAACGUGAGUGGGACGAUAUACCGUCAUGGUAUGGAGUUUCAGAUUGGCUGUAAGACGUGCCAGUGUAAUGACGGCAGGGAGAGCUGUGCUUACCCAGAAAACUGCUCCAGACCGGAAACCGGAAGCCAGUGUCCCCACCCUCAAGAAAUACCGGUCGCCGGGCAGUGCUGUCCACAGUGGAGCUGUGGUAACCGCACGUGUCGCUACCACGGCGUCGUGCACGCGUACGGCGACGAGUGGAUGGACGAGGAGAAGUGUCAGCUGUGUAGCUGCGGGGAGGAGGUCGUCUGUGAAGACGUCUGUGUCGAGCCCGUCGUGCCCGACAACUGCACGUCGCCCGUCACCAAACGAGCUCCUACCGGCUGCUGUAACGUCGUCGAGUGUCUGCCGCCUGUGGAUGCCUGCCUGUACGAAGAAACAAUGCAUCUGUUGGGAGACUAUUUUCCCAACAGGCGAUGUGAGUUGUGCGUAUGCUCUGCCAACAGUUCGGUAGAGUGCUCCCCCCGCUGUAAGCCAGUGAUCCCCCCAGCCCCCAGCCCGCUGUGUCUGAAACCCCACGUCAGAACUGAUGGGUGCUGUGAGACUCUGUGGUGCGACAAUCCAGACUUAAAAAGUAUCAUACGAGAUCUGUUUGGAACUUCGUACAGCCCUCAUUCUGUUACACUGAGUUUCAACGUCGUUACGAAACAACGCACCCCUCCUGCCCACAGUUUUGAGAUUCUGUAUGUGAGCAGCGAGAAUAUCACCACCAACCUAACACACGGCUGGCACAAAACGACCUUCACCCCUGAGUACGUGCACAGCGAGGACGAGCCGCUGAUGUCGCCGACGGAACUCCUGCAAACGACAGGCGCGAUCCGGGCAGAGCGGCGCAUCUACGUGACCAUUUCCGGUAUGAAGGCGGACACGACCUACUUUUUCAAGAUCCGGUCAGUCAGCUCGGAGGAACACGAUGAUGAAACAGUAGGAGUGGAGUCUGGCUUUGCUGGGGCUAUAGCUGUGAAGACACUCGCAACAGACGAGCCGUUGACGUGUACAGACCGGUGUCCAAGUGCCGAGGUGAUCAUGGUGCCGUCUGCUUCCUGUCCAAGGCCCGUCCUCGUGCAGGCCAACCACACGUGCUGUCCAGAGUGGAAGUGUUUCCCUAAAGACUCCGGCUGCCGUUAUAAGAACCUGGUUCUCCAGCAUGGCGAGCAGAUACGUGAAGGCUGUGACAAGCGCUGUCGCUGUGACAGUGGGAAGAUGAUCUGUUCUAGCAUCUGUCCAGAGAUGGACCAUACUCCACGACCCGGAUGUCAGCUGAAGAUGUUAGCGGAUCACUGUUGUCCUCUCUGGAUGUGUACACCAUUAACCCACCCAGUGAGAACCGUCUCAGUUUCGUUUAUGAUCACUUUUGGAGGCGAGUGCACGGAACCGGUGACCACCUUCAAGGAAAAUUUCCAGCGAGUAUUUCUGGACUAUAUGAAGCGCCGUCCCGUGUGCUCCAGCAGGAACUCACAACGGAAGGAACUGUGUGACACCAUGGAGAUCAAAGUUAAAUGUCCAAUCACGGGUUCUGUAGCAUCUCGUGAACGACGAGCCGUGGGGGAUAUGACUGUUGAUCUUCAUCUUGUUCUUACAGUAAGCGACAAGAAAAACAUGACGAGAACGAAAUCGAAGCUUGAAGAAGCUGUAGGUGAAUUUGCCUCCGCUUUCAACGUUUCUAGCGUCUCCAUCACUGUUGAUAACACAACGUUUGUCAGCUCGGGAUUGGAGGAAGUCAUCGGACCUCUGUACGACUGUGAUCAAGGAUACGUGUUUGUUAGAAAUAUAUGUGUUGAGGCUGAAAUUGCACAGACACAAAACACAAUUCGUUUGAACGUAUCUUUGUCAACCGUCGAGGUCUCUACAGAUUCUGCCAUUUUGAAAUGGGAUCCAUUGGAUAUUAACGUCAUUAAUUACGUCACCGGUCUGCAAAUCGAGUACAAGGAAAAACACUACAGCAAUUGGAACCAGUCUAGUCAGAUGGACCCCCACGUGACCAGACACACACUGACGCGUCUACAGGCUGCCAGAACUUACAAAGCUAGACUAGUUCUCCUGAUGGACAUGGAGAAGAAUAAUCGGGUAUCGGUGUCCAUGUUGGAAUUUAUGACGAAGUCAUACGGGCUAUCUCCCUUGGGAAUAAACAUCAACCUACAGGAGAUAUCAGUGAGCGACACGUCAGUAUCUAUUACGUGGUCGCCGCUGUCGCCGUGGAUCCAGAAGCUGAUAUCGGCCAUGCAGGUGACCUACAGCGACAGCAACGACACGGACGAGAAGAGCAAGCAGCUGAAGGUGGUCAGUUCCACGUGCGUCCUAGAUGGGCUGGCCCCAGGGACGAACUACGCUGCGCGGGUGGAGGUCUUGUUUAGGAACGGCUCUGUGGCCAGAUCCAGCACGAUCCAUUUUGUUACUGGUACAGCAACUGCAAACACGCCCCAGAGUGUCCUGAUACCAUUGGUCGUGUCCGCUGUGGUUGUCGUCUGCGCCAUCGCAAUUGUGUUGGUCACGUGCUGUCUGUGGAGACGGGCAAAGCUCGCGCAGUCUCGUGACACGUCGUUUGAAAACAAGACAUUUGGGAUUCACAUGGAAAACGAUGGAAAGAUACUUUCGGCAAAGCCAUGAUGAUGACGUCACGUAGAGUAGAAUACAUCUCAGACAGAGACGACGGAUGUUUCGAGACGAAGCUAGCAAUUACGUUUCUAAUCCUUGGCACACAAUUACCAAUUAAUUUUGACUCGUCAUUUGCGUCGGCGUUCAUCGGCAGGUGCGUUCAAGGCAAAGACGCGACAGUCGCGUUUAAUCGCUAAUUUGUGCCCGAUUAAACUGUUGGUUGGUGAGUGCAGCUGCACAUUUUCAGACUAGUGCUGACGCGACAGUCAAAUCGGCGUUAAUCGGUAGGUGUACGCCAAACAUUAGGCAAAAAAACCCCAACGAAGCUGGAUCUGGGUCUUGCGAGUCUGGCAAAGAUAAAAUGUCUGGUGUGUUUUGACGUCUGGGUCGACAACUGUAAAAUUCUAUCAGUAUAUAAUAACUAUCAGUAUAUAAUAACAGUGUUCAUAUCUUUAAGUAUAUUUUUUUACAGAAACACCAACAGUAAUUAUGAGAAUUCCAUAUUGAUUAAUAUAUUAAGAACAAUAAAAAAAGAGUAAUUAUAGCGCAUGUUCUAUGUCGUCUGUCGCCAGAUGUGCAGAUCUCAAUCGAUACAGUGCGUUCCCUUUUCGACUUGUAUCAUACUCGCCAGACCAAGACCCAUAUAUGAAUACAUGGGUUAUGAUUCGUUAACAGUCUCCCGAAAUGUCCGUAUCGUAGUAAUUUUUACCUUAUUGAAAUGAAAACGCAUGCGUGAGCAGCAGUGUUAGGUACGAGUAGUAUUUGGUUGUCAAUAAUGCAUAUAGUGAGUACCAGAAUUAUGCGAGUCCUAACAUGUAUAGCUCAUGUCAGUUAUGAACGUCAGUCAAAUAAUGACAUUAUUUAAAUAAGAGGUGGAAACGAAACCGAGAAUAUAAAUACUAAUUAGUUAAUGUGUUAUCGAAUACCAGCUAGGUAAUAUCAGUCUUCGUUUCGUUGGAGAUCGUUCACGGUCGACAUGAAAGGACUGUUCUGAGUGUGCAUUCAUUGUAAUAAAAAUGUCGACAAACAGAACCCUUUUUUGGUGACUAAAUGUUAGUGUCUGUAUUUAAAAACAAGGUGUUUGUUGUCGUCCUAAUGUUUGUAGUAGCACAAACCAGAAGUUACUUCCUAACAAUUUUGUAUGUACGAAAAAAUAUUUAUUACGACGUAAAAUAAAAACUGAUUUCUGCAAACAUUAACACACGACCACAAUCACAUUGGAUAUACUCACCCUGGUAUUCUAAACACGAACAUACAUGUAACAUCUAAUUUUAUCUUUACAAAUACUCUGUUAGUCGGAAACAUCUUAUAAUUACUUCAAACUCAGGACAGUCCCGUUAAUAUUCGAACAUUCAGUCUCUGUGUAUAAUUCAACUAGGAUUAAAACUACUCUCGUAUAAAGAUCCUAUUUACAUCCGUGGAUUGGUGAACGUUUUAAGAGAAUUGAACUAUACUGAGUUUGUAGCCAUUAAAAUAGUGCAUUGUUUUACUAAUAUGUAAUAUAUCUGAGCAAUAAAACUUAUAAAAAAAAUUGAAAUGCCGAUUUUUCAAGCAUUACAAUGAUAAAAACAAAAAUACAAGGGUCAAAAUGCACCAAAAAACGACCAAUGGGACUGUCUUUACUGGUCAUAACCCGCAAAGGCGGGGUGGUCUUAAUACCGGGGUAGUUUUACCUAUUAAAAUAAGGAAAUAUUCCAGUCUUUUAAAAAAGUGGUUUUAAUAGCGGAGUGGUCUUAAUUACGGGAUGGUCGUUAGGCGGGGUUUCAUUGUAUAUUAUAUUUAAAACUUAAAACAGUAUGUAUUGACCGAAAACGUGUUAUAGUGGCUACAAACUCAAGAGUCGUAUUUUUAUUGUAAUGAUGUCAUUUGAUGACAAAGUGAUCACUGCCCGUUCAAAUUUGUGGAUGUCGUCUUGGUAACCAUCAAAGAUUAUAAAGAUUCUUCAGUGUGUAAUUCCAUCUACUGUAGACAUUGAGAUUUAUCAUAUUUCACAUCAUUUAAAUAUUUUUAUAACAGUAAAUAAUGAAUGCUGUGUGAUUGUGAAGUGCCGCCUAUUGGUCACGCCAGGCUGUUUAUAUUUAGAAAUGAGUGCCUGUUAACAGGUGUAUAAAGGUAUGCAGUUUGAUUAUAUUUGUUAGUAUGAACAUUUAAUAUGAACUGUAUUUUUGGAUAGUUAAUGUUUUAAUUUAAACAAUUUAAAGAACAAAGUAAAACUUUGGUUGAAAAACUAAAAACGAAAGCAUUUUUAAUCGCAUGCAUUGGUUUAUUUAUUUCUGUAUAUUUUUUAUUUAUUCUCUUACAAAUAUAUUCGUUCUGUGUUUCUUGCAUAAAUGUUUAUGUUCUUUUAUUAUACGAUGAUGGAAUGUUAUUACUUUGAUGAAAGGCUUUAUUACUUAAAGAUAUCAGUAUUGUUAUGUGUGGUAUUUGUUCACAAAACAACUUCGUUCGUCUACUCUUCGGGUACUUAAUAGAGAAUAUGUGUAGUUCAAUGGUAAUAUAUCGGUCUUAACCGCCACAGCGUGCUAUUUUCAAGCUCUGUCUACUCAGGAAUAUCACUGUGAUAAUGUCACACUGCUUUGGCUUUGUUUUAUUCCCGCAGGCACGGCGGAAGCAAGUAUACAUUGGGGUGGGGCUGAUUGAAAUCGAGGGAGCAAAUCAGUUUUAAUGGGUUCGAGAGUAUGCUCCUCCGAACAUUUUUAAAAACUAUAUAUCCUGAAAUGCAAUUUCCUACAUUCUAUAAGUAAAAUUCAUCUCUGCCUUAAGAUUUACUAUCAAUAAUAUUUUUGAUUUUAUUCCGCCUUUUGACUCGUGUAGAGAGGUGAACUGCUGACAAAGACUAUGUUUUGUAGAUACACUGGUGUCGUUUAGAGACAGCUAGGACUGUAUCAUGCAUAAACCGUACUGUUAUUUUACCUUGUUUGACUAAACAUGUAAACAGGUGUUGGUAUUUUUCAGUAUUAGUGUUCAUCGUCUAUAUGUUACUAAUGGGUGGAAUAGUGUUUUAAGUUUGAAAGCGAACAAUAACAAAGGUCAUCGUGCAUUUAUUUUAGAGAAGUUUUCAGUCUAAAACGCGGACGGUAUGUUAUAAUAUAUUAUGUAUGUAACUGACCUGUAUUUAUUUUAAAUCAUUACAUAUAUGUACACGGCUAAAAGAAAAGUUAUAUACGUGACUAGGGGGUAAUUACCUUUUCAUAAAUUCGGCUUUAGGCUUUCAGGGAUAGUUCUGUAACCAAUCUGUUGCAGACAAGGGCGGAUCCAAAAUAUAUUUAUGGAGAGAUAAAGGGUAAAAGGGCACAUAGGCCAAUUCCGUGAAAAGGGCACUUCAAUGGACAUUGGAAACAAAUUGUUAAAAAGGGACAAUUUAAUUUUUAAAGAGGGGUGGGUCCCCCUGGUUUCCUCUCUUGUAUCCACCACUGGCAUGCAAACAUCAACAAAUAUCCUCUAUCUUUACGUCCUCUUAAAGGGACACACCCUAGUUACGGCUAGUUGUUAACCAUUACGGCGUUGUUUUUCGCUAUUAAACCCAUUUUUUCACAAAUAAACUUGCACUUUACUUACCGUUUAUUAUUUAGAAUAUA